AUUUAAGGGAGGAUAGGGCAGCUUGAACGCGUGAACUUAUAAUACCAGAGCCUAUUCUGUCCUUGAUAUAUCGUUUUACUACUUUUUCUAUAACUUGGUUUAUCUGUAAUUUUAUUUAAAUCUGGACCUAAACUUUAUCAGUUCUAGGCUUUUCGCCGCCUCCAAUCAUACACCUCUUUGUUCCUUAUUUUUGCUCCGCGGGUAUGUUAAUCUGAGGCUGUUGGUCUUAUUGCGAUCUCCUGUGUGAUCUCUGCGCUGCAUUAUUUUUCUUGCUGAAGGAAGAAAAAAAAAAAGACAGAAAGAUUCAAAAUUUUCUGUUGCUAGGCGUUUUAAGUCUGGACGUUUGAACAUGGCAGCUCUAAAGGACCUGCUUCCACCUGCAAAAUCUACUAGCAGUACACACUAUGAUCAUACAAAUGACCCGUGGUUCAAGAACAGAUAUACUGCAAGUGAGGCAGAGAAGACAGCAGUCAUCAAGGCAAAUCCUGUUCCUCCUUAUCUGAAAAGAGCUGGCUUUAGGCCAUCUAAGCUCGAGGAUUUUGGGGAUGGAGGUGCAUUCCCCGAAAUUCACUAUGCUCAGUAUCCACUGGAUAUGGGCAGAAAGAAGGAUUGGAAACCUGGGGGGAAGACCUUGCCUGUUACGGUGGAUGAGCAUGGUGAUGUGAGGUAUGAUGCGAUUGUGAGGCAGAAUGAAAAUUCAAAAAAAAUUGUUUAUUCUCAGCAUAAGGAUCUUAUCCCGAAGUUUGUGAAGGAUGAGGAUGACGAAGACAUGGAUGUGGAAGAGAAGCAGAAAAUAAUUGAGGAGACCACCCAGGAGACCAAGGCUGCUCUUGAGAAGAUUGUAAAUGUUCGGUUGAGUGCUGCACAGCCCAAAAAUGUUCCUACGCAAUCUCAAGACUCCAAGUUUAUUAAGUACAAGCCCUCCCAGCAGUCAGCAGCAUUUAACUCAGGUGCAAAAGAGAGGAUUAUUAGGAUGGUGGAGAUGCCUGUGGACCCUAUGGAGCCACCAAAAUUCAAACACAAAAGGGUUCCAAAGGCCUCUGGUUCUCCACCUGUGCCAGUAAUGCAUUCUCCGCCUCGUCCUGUUACAGUGAAGGACCAGCAGGAUUGGAAGAUACCUCCGUGUAUAUCAAAUUGGAAGAACCCCAAAGGUUAUACAAUUCCUCUUGAUAAGCGUCUGGCUGCUGAUGGUAGGGGACUUCAGGAGGUGCAGAUCAAUGACAACUUUGCAAAACUAUCAGAGGCUCUAUAUGUAGCAGAGCAGAAGGCCAGAGAAGCCGUUGCAAUGAGGUCAAAGGUCCAGAAAGAGAUGAUGAUGAAAGAGAAGGAAAAGAAGGAGAUGGAACUUCGUGAGUUGGCCCGCAAGGCAAGAUCUGAGAGAACUGGUGUGGCACCUCCAGCCGAUGAGAGGGGAACCAUGAAUGAUGAUGAUAUGAGUGUGGAUUAUGAGCGUGCAAGAGCUAUUCCUAANGAAAAGAAGGAGAUGGAACUUCGUGAGUUGGCCCGCAAGGCAAGAUCUGAGAGAACUGGUGUGGCACCU